GCAGCGGGGAGCGGUGAUCAUCUGCGCGCCGCAUCGCCGUGGAACCGCGCCGUGCGCACUCGAAGACGGAGCAGCACCGAGGAGGCGCAGCGCCGCUCCCGCCGAACCUGCCGCGAGUGACCGUGUGCUGAGAGACUCUUGACGGGUGAAGAAGAAGAAGAAGAAGAGGGGAGAAGUGGUGCGAGCGAGGAUGGCAGCCCUUCAGUCGGUGAUCUGGGGCUAAUCGCCUCCCCCCCUGUGUUUGGAGCCACUCUGACGCACCUGCGGGCGAAGCAAGCGCGCAUACAUUUUUCUUGUUGUUUCACGGAUCCCAGCCCUCUAUUUUGUUUUUUACCACAUCAGAACCGGACUAUCCAAGUGAGGAUUUCCGCACGAAUAACGGGAUGAAUACGUGAUUCCACAGUGGACAGAAUAUGAGCCAGUGCGUGUCUGAGAGCUGAGGUGGAGCGGUCUCUCUCCCUCUCCCGCUUGCACAGCUCCCUCGGUCCGCCACGAAGCCUCCCACGCCAGGAUGCAGCUUCUCAGAGUUGCGUGGGCACUGACCGGAGCGGCGAUCUGCUGCUUUCUCCUCCUCAUCAUCCACUCCCGCCUGCUCAAAGAAGGCCAGCUGGCAGCCGGGACAUGUGAGAUUGUGACGCUGGACAGGGACAGCAGCCAACCACGGCGGACCAUCGCCAGGCAGACGGCCCGCUGCGCCUGUAAGAAGGGCCAGAUCGCUGGAACUACAAGAGCCCGGCCCGCCUGUGUGGACGCUGGCAUUGUUCGGAAAAAGCAGUGGUGUGAGAUGGUGCCAUGUUUGGAGGACGAAGGCUGUGACCUGUUAGUCAAUAAAUCUGGCUGGACUUGUACACAGCCCGGAGGCCGAGUCAAAACCACCACGGCUCUAUGACGCGACAAGAGUCCCCCACCACACUCUUGCACUAUGGAGAGCAUUGAUGACCCCUUGACAGACAGCCAAACACCAUCUACCACCACCAACACCACCAACAACACAACAACUCAACCCAAACUCUGGUCCCGCAAAGACAGGAAGCAACACAAGAGCACCAAGGGCCUCAUGGAGGCAGCAAGGUCUCUUAACACAGCCAGAGACUGGAAAACCAGGGAGUGACUGUGUGAGGGAACAACCUCUCCCCUGGACACUGGACAAAGUACUCACUGUAAAACAGUUCCUAUUUCCUGUGACUGGCUCCUCCGGGUUUGUGACUGCUCCCUCCUGCUAUCUGUCGUCGGGUCAACAUGUUGCAACCACCUCCUCUCCGCUCUAUCUGCCUGCUCUGUUGAAAUUGGCAGCACCUGCUCGUGCCACGGAGGAUCGGGACACCAUAAAUAAAAUCCCAUGAAUGGUUUCUCAACUCAUCGGACUCCUAUUUGGAACAACCGCUUUGAAUCAAAGGAUUUCCCACAUCUGUCUCCUUGCUUCUCUAGAACAGGAGUUCCAGAGCAUAGACGGGAUCAUCACAGACUAGACCCUGUUGCUUCUUACGCUCUCUGCUGUGAAUAGGCCUUCUGCUGGAGUAAACCUCUCAUAUUUUUAUAGACCAAAGAGCAAAACAACAAAUAUGAUCAUAUUAACAGAGCGGACCAUCUGGCAAAGACACACAGAGACUUUGUGAACUCGCUGCUUGUGUCCUUGCCGACCAAUGACUGCCCCCUCCCCUCACAGAGACACAGUGCACAGGAGGACAAGCCCUGCAUCCAGCGGCACGUGCAAAACAAAGGAGUACUUUUAAAAACUCCAAGACUUUUUUUUUUUUUCUCAGACUAAGCCCACCACUGUAUUUUGGAACUGGAGAUAUAGGUACUACAUACGUAUAACUGUGUAUCAAAGAAGAAGAAGAAAAAAAAAAAAAGAAAAAUCUGAGUUGCAUUUUUCAGUAGCUACGGUUGGGACAGCUUGCGGAAAGAAUUGUCGGGUUGGUCGCGGAUGAGGCGCGUAAAUCAUAUCAGAGAAAUGAUGAAUAUCUACAGAGAGUAUAAACGCUGUUGAGUCUGAAAAGGAGGAAAGAAAUGUCAUUAUAUGUAUUUUGAAAGGCCCUAAAAAGUUAUAUAUUUAACAGUUUUAUAUGUUGUACCUUUGUAGAGAAGCUUAUUGGACUUAAAAUGUGGUCACAAUGGCAGUUUAGUAGGAUGUGAACAAAUGCUGUUGUUCUCAUUACUGCUGGCUCGUAGUCCCAGGUUUUCUGUUCACACCUCAGUAGCCGCUUUCUUUUCAUGGUCAUCAACAAGUCUCUGUCUAUCAGAACCAUUCAUGGAGAAAAAAAAAAGCGACACAAUUUAUUGAGGACUGAUCUGCAGCCAACAGAACGUUGUAAAUCUAUGGUAGUCAGUGGAAGCCAUUGAAAUCUGCUAAUUUGCUAUGAUAUUGUAUUGUACACGGUGUGGAAUACUGACUCAUUUCCUCUCUAUGGGUUUUGAUCUCUUAAUUUAUUUUUGUGCUUGUGUUUGUUCGCACAAAUCCGGCCUCUCUCUCUCCAAUGCCGAGGAACACAACCAGGAGAGAGAGAGAGAGAGAGAGAGAGCGAAAGAGACAGAGGAAGCGUUGCAGAAGUAUUAGAGUCAUUUACAUACAUUUUUUAUCAUGAAAUAUUUUAAGAAUAAAUUAAAUACAUGAAAAGAAACGUCCCCUGCACAUGUAGAUGCUGCCUGUUGUUCAAGGUCAUCAAAGGGAAUGCCGUUUACCUCAUUCCGGUAUG